GGGUGGUCGCCCAGACUCUCGAUUAAUCUGGUUCUCCAUUUUUUUUUCCUUCUUUCGAUUUCUUCCAAAGAGUUGCAGAUUCGUCCUUUUCAUCUCCAAAAUGGGAAGCUCGGAAUUCUCAUGGAAGUUGGCGGAUCACCCGAAGCUGCCGAAGGGGAAGACGGUGGCGAUGGUGGUUUUGGACGGCUGGGGUGAAGCCAAUCCCGAUCAGUACAACUGCAUCCAUGUCGCCCAGACUCCCACCAUGGAUUCUCUCAAGACGGGUGCUCCUGAAAAAUGGAGGCUGGUGAGAGCUCAUGGUACUGCUGUGGGGCUUCCAACGGAAGAUGAUAUGGGCAACAGUGAAGUUGGUCACAAUGCACUCGGUGCUGGACGCAUCUUUGCGCAGGGAGCGAAGCUUGUUGACCUUGCUCUUGCCUCUGGAAAAAUUUAUGAGGGAGAAGGUUUUAAGUACAUCAAGGAAUCUUUUCAAAAUGGCACAUUGCAUCUCAUUGGAUUGUUGAGUGAUGGUGGGGUUCAUUCGAGGCUCGACCAGUUGCAGUUGUUGCUUAAAGGAGCUGCUGAGAAUGGUGCUAAAAGAAUUCGUGUCCAUGUUCUUACUGAUGGCCGUGAUGUUUUGGACGGUUCAAGUGUGGGAUUUGUGGAAACACUUGAAAAUGAUCUUGCAAAAUUACGUGAAAAGGGUGUUGAUGCACAGAUUGCAUCUGGUGGUGGUCGCAUGUAUGUUACAAUGGAUCGUUAUGAGAAUGACUGGGAUGUUGUGAAAAGGGGAUGGGAUGCCCAAGUUCUUGGUGAAGCCCCUUACAAAUUUAGAAGUGCCGUUGAAGCUGUCAAGAAACUCAGGGAGGAAACCAACAGCAAUGACCAGUACCUCCCUCCCUUUGUUAUUGUUGAUGAGAAUGGUAAGCCUGUAGGACCAAUAGUCGAUGGUGAUGCUGUUGUAACAUUCAACUUCCGAGCAGAUCGGAUGGUUAUGAUUGCCAAGGCGCUUGAAUAUGAAGAUUUUGAUAAGUUUGACCGAGUUAGAUUCCCUAAAAUUCGGUACGCUGGAAUGCUCCAGUAUGAUGGUGAGCUGAAGCUUCCAAGCCAAUAUCUUGUUGUUCCUCCAGAAAUAGAGAGGACAUCUGGUGAAUAUCUAGUGCACAAUGGUGUACACACCUUCGCUUGCAGUGAGACUGUUAAAUUUGGUCAUGUCACAUUCUUCUGGAACGGAAAUCGUUCUGGAUAUUUUAACCCUGAAAUGGAAGAAUAUGUGGAAAUCCCAAGUGAUACCGGAAUCACAUUCAAUGUUCAACCCAAGAUGAAGGCCUUGGAGAUUGCUGAAAAGGCAAGGGAUGCUAUACUUAGCGGGAAAUUCCAGCAGGUUCGUGUCAACUUGCCAAAUAGUGAUAUGGUGGGACACACAGGUGACAUUAAGGCUACAGUAGUGGCUUGCAAGGCUGCCGACGAAGCAGUCAAGAUGAUUCUUGAUGCCAUAGAGCAAGUGGGUGGAAUUUAUGUAGUUACUGCGGAUCAUGGAAAUGCCGAAGAUAUGGUAAAGAGAAAUAAGUCUGGGAAACCUCUCCUCGACAAGGAUGGCAAGAUUCAAAUUCUCACUUCUCACACUCUUCAACCAGUGCCUAUUGCAAUUGGAGGCCCUGGUCUGGCACCUGGUGUUCGGUUCCGCAGCGAUGUUCCACAAGGUGGGCUUGCCAACGUUGCUGCAACCGUGAUGAAUCUGCAUGGACUUGAGGCGCCAAGCAACUACGAGACAACUCUCAUCGAAGUAGUUGAUAACUGAGGAAACAAAGGAAAAAGAUAGCGUUUUUGAGUUUUUAUAUUAAUCUAAAUUUUGACUGAAUUUAAAGCCGUGCAUAAAGGAGGCUGUCGAUUGUGUAAUGCUACCUGGCUUAAUAAGUUAAGAAACUCCCAUUUGCGGUCAUAGUUUCA